UUUUAACCCGAUUGUAUGGAAAUGGAAAAAGCCGGUUUUAGGGUUUGAAGAGCUUUGCCCCACCAGUUAAAACCCUCGCAGCCGCAGCAUCCCUUCCUUUUCUUCCUCCAAAAGAGAGGGAGAGGGACAGGAAGAUCAGAUCUCUCUCUGCAACCAUGUCUCUCAUUGCGAACGAGGACUUCCAACACAUACUCCGUAUCCUCAACACCAACGUUGAUGGGAGGCAGAAGAUCAUGUUUGCCCUCACCUCCAUCAAGGGUAUUGGUCGUAGGUUCGCGAACAUCGUCUGCAAGAAAGCUGAUAUCGACAUGAACAAGAGAGCUGGUGAAUUAUCAGCUGCAGAGCUUGAUCAGCUUAUGGUGAUUGUUGCAAAUCCUCGGCAAUUCAAGAUCCCGGACUGGUUUCUCAACAGAAAGAAAGAUUACAAGGAUGGAAGAUAUUCCCAGGUUGUUUCCAAUGCAUUGGACAUGAAAUUGAGGGAUGACUUAGAGCGCUUGAAGAAAAUCAGGAACCAUCGCGGUCUUCGUCACUACUGGGGCCUUCGAGUCCGAGGGCAGCACACUAAGACCACCGGCCGUCGUGGGAAGACUGUUGGUGUCUCAAAGAAGCGAUGAAGUCCCAUCAUUUCUUCCUGCGCUCUACCCUUGUGCUGCUUUUCUUUUCUUUCUUCUUACAAGCGUCAUUGUUACACUCUAAUCUCGACAGGCCUACGUCUUUUUAGACUUCAAUUUUGACGUUGUUAUGUUUAGUUACUCGUUGUAUGUGCAUCUAGAUGGACCAUGUAGUGUGCUGUGCUAUCAAAGAGUUCUCCUACUUAUGAGGCUUUUUUCCUUUU